AAAUGGAAAAGAGAAUAACUGUUAUGGAGUUCUUGCUGAAGUUGAUAAACUCCAUUUUCACCCUAUUUGGUCUAGCCAUAGGCUCUCAUGGGCUAUUCUGUUUAAUGAAGUGGAAACAAGAUUGGAGCUAUUAUCAUAACAAGUAUGAGAUUGCUCUAACUAAAGCAUUGCUAGGAAUUGAUGCAUCUAAGAGCUGGUUAUCUACUAAUCUUCCAGUGGCUUGGUUUGUUUACCUUCUUUUGGUAGUUGGCGCAUCCCUCAUUGUGAUAUCCUGUUUUGGAUAUGUUGGAGCUGCGACAAGGAACUCUUGUUGUCUGUGUUUUGUAUCCUCUAGCUGAUCUUUUAAAAAAAAAUUUAAUUUAAAUUGUACCUCAUAUCUUAUGCAAGUUCAGAAAAUCUUAGGUUGAAUGAUAAUUUCUCAGCAGUCACUAGUACUCUGUACUUUUGGUUGAACUUUUUGUGGCACAACUAGGAGCUGCUGCCUUCGUGUUCUUCAAUCACAACUGGAAAGAAGUAAUAAUAUUCCAUUAUUCUCUUUGUUGCUUUCUUUUUAUAGUUCUUUGAACUAGAACACUAAUAUAAGUUGAUUCAUUCUUUUGUUUAAUUACUUGAAUCUUUCCUACUAGUGAUGAAGAAAAAAUUCCAUGGGUAAUUAAGCUUUAUAUAUAUACGCCCAGUGAUAGAAGUAGCAAUUUCAACUCAACCUACCACUUUAUUACCAUGAAUUGGAAAAUCAUGAGAUGGGUUUUUCUUGGGCCACUUGCUUCACAGGUAAUACAUCAAUCAUAUUCAUCACAUGAUUUUUUUUUUUUUGGUUAUAUUCAAAUAUUUGUGUUUUGUUUUGUACCUGUUUUAUUCACAGGUGAUUGCUCUAGAGUUGGUUUUGUACUUGAGACCUUUGAACAGAGUAAUUUAUGACCAUCAUGAUGAUGUAAGGGUUGUGUAUCCUAAAGAUUGUGAGGCCAACUACUACUGCUGUUGAGGAGAGUAGCAAGCCACCUGGUGCUUCAUCCUCUAACCAGUCUUAGGGAGAAGA